AAAAAGAGAAAUCCAAAAUGAGAAUUCUUUUGUUCUUUCUUCAUUUGAUUUAAUACCUUUCUUCAUCUACUUGUCAAUAUCACUGACUCUUUCACUUUUACAAAUCCCAAAUCUUCAAAGAGAGGAACAAAAAGAAAAUCAGAUUUCAGUUUUUUUUUUUCAUUUCUAACAUAACAUUCCUUGGUCCGAUUUAUUCUUUUUUUCAAGAUCAUGAAGACUAACAGCGAAGAACAAAUGAUAAAACUGUUUGGAAUUCCUCUUUCUGAUAAACCCAGAUGGCAACAAUUUCUCAUCUGUUCUUCUGGUUUCUUCUUUGGUUACCUCGUUAAUGGCAUCUGCGAGGAAUAUGUGUACAACCGGCUUAAAUUCAGUUAUGGAUGGUAUUUCACGUUUGCGCAAGGAUUGGUGUACAUUGCCUUGAUUUACAUGUAUGGCUUCAGGACGAAGCAAAUGGUUAAUCCAUGGAAGACUUACGUGAAACUAUCUGGUGUUCUUAUGGGUUCUCAUGGCCUCACCAAAGGCUCCUUGGCUUAUCUCAAUUAUCCUGCUCAAAUCAUGUUCAAAUCCACUAAGGUUUUGCCGGUUAUGGUUAUGGGAGCUUUUAUACCAGGGUUGAGAAGAAAAUACCCUGUCCACGAGUACAUAUCUGCUAUGUUACUUGUAAUUGGUCUCAUCUUAUUCACAUUGGCUGAUGCCCAUACCUCCCCAAACUUCAGUAUAAUUGGGGUUAUGAUGAUCUCGGGCGCUCUCAUCAUGGACGCUUUUCUUGGUAACUUACAAGAAGCUAUCUUCACGAUGAAUCCUGAGACAACACAAAUGGAGAUGUUGUUUUGCUCGACGGUAGUUGGCUUACCGUUCUUACUUGCACCGAUGAUUCUUACUGGAGAGCUUUUCACAGCUUGGAAUUCAUGUGCUCAACAUCCAUAUGUGUAUGGAGUGUUGGUGUUCGAAGCCAUGGCUACAUUUAUCGGACAAGUCUCCGUUCUAUCCCUCAUUGCACUCUUUGGCGCAGCCACAACCGCUAUGAUAACGACGGCGAGAAAAGCGGUAACGCUGUUACUGUCCUAUUUGAUAUUCACAAAGCCUUUAACUGAACAGCACGGUACGGGAUUGUUACUCAUCUUUAUGGGCAUUAUUCUCAAGAUGGUUCCGGAUCCAAACCCAAACCCCAAAUCUUCGGGUUCGGGUCAGACACCCGGAAAAUUGGAACGGGUUAAGUUUGAGAAGGAAGACGAUGAAGAGAGUCGUCCAUUGGUCUAAUAAACGACGAGAGAAGAUGUUUAAAACUCAAUUCUUAGUUCGUUUCACAUUUUAUCUUCAGUAUAUUUGUGUUAUUAGAAAGUAGAUUUUUUUUUUUGUAUUACUUUGUAGUUUAGAAUCUUUAAAUCGAAACAUCAUUCGGCAAUUCAAUUUGAAACAUGAUCAAUAAGUACAAAUGCAAUGAAAAUGUUUGGUUUCUUAUUACAUUUU